CUGGAGGCCGCGAGGAGCUGGCGCUAUACUGAACGUGGCUCGGAUGACUUGCUGUACCCGGCGCUGACUCCACGGGUGUGUGUGCGGGGCAGAUCUCGGCGAGGGGGGUGCGGAGCCAUGCGGGGGUCGACGCGCGCGGUCAGAGCCGCGGCGUGCCUGGGGCUGAUGGCGGCGCUCGCGGCCUGGCCGCCGGCCUCGGCCGACCAGUUCAAGCAAUGCCACCUCGGCACUGAACAUUUGCACAAGCUCGAAAAGAAAAAAGCUGACAUCAAUGGCCCCAAUGGUGAUUACAAACAAGACUCUAAGUGCUGUGACGCAUCUUCGUGGGUAGUAGAUGAGAAAAAAGGGACAUUAGGUGUGUAUUUCCAAGCCAAAAGAAGAGGAAAAUGGAAGGAGUUGAUUUUAGAAAGACUAGAAGAUGGGCAAUCUAAGACAUGGAGUACAUACACAAGAAUAAAACUGUUUCCUGAAGAUUACCAGUUCAGUGGCGAUGAACCCUCGCUAAAUACCUCCCGGUGCGUGGAUUAUGUACAGCAGAAGUUCGGCUACCACGAGUUCCAGUACAUUUCUAGUGGCCGUUACAGACUCAAGUCCUGCGAACUGGCAUCACGCAAACGAAACUUAACUUGGGAGCGUAACAUAAGAACUGCGUUUGAUAUAAAGAACUUGAACUGCUGGGCAACACAGAGCGUCUAUGAUGGAGAAUGGUCAACUGAGAAUAGAACAGUCAAUGUGAUCAUUCCCUUCCGAAAUCCUGUGACAUUUCAGAAUGAUAGAAUAUACAAGCUGCUGGACUCAAACAUGACAGAGGUCAGCGUGUGGACGAUUAGAGCUCGCGAAAAGGAUAGUGACAGUUUAAUUUGCGAAACGAAUGACAGCAGAGUUUAUUACAAACCUGAAUCCGACAGCAGGAUUCACGAACAGAGAUUCAUGAUAAAGAACCUGUUGUCUGGAAAUUACACACUCAUAGUGGAAUCGUUGUUCAACCCUCUGUCCGUAUUGGGCACAAAGAUAAACGUGUGUGAAGAGCUGAAAAUAAUUUAUAUAGAUGUCAGCCCCAAGCAGCCGAGCUCCAGUCUUAUUUUGUCCCGGGAAGAAAGGCCAGUGACGAUCUUCGCGAUACUGUUGGUAGCAGUUGUAGCUUUGAGCAGCUUCUGCUACCUCAUGCAUUUAGUUUGGAACUACCUACACUAUCACGUUGUCGAUGAAGUAAAGUGUGACAUAGUUGAAAAAGAUUCAACAAGAAAGAAAGUUCUGCUCCUGUAUGCCAGGGACUGCGUCCAAUUCAAUGACUUGAUGGCAACGUUCCGGGGACUUUUGAAGAACAACAACUUUGAGGUGUACGACUGCCAGGACCCGCAGCUCGGCCGCCGGCUGCACCGCGGCCCCACCACGUGGCUGCGAGACCGCCUGGACGACUGCUCGGUGCGCCUGCUGGUGGUGUCCACCAAGUGCGCCCGCCUCAGGCAGUCGGCGCUGCUGGGCGACGGGCAGGUCUCGUACCGGCGGCCGCACCACCUCGACCCGCUCUUUCUCUACGGCCUGCGCGGCGUCCAGGACGUGCACACCGACGUCUACACCAGGAUCUUCAGCGUCGCGUUGGAAGGAUUCACGGAAAAGGAGGACAUGCUGUCCCUAUUUUGUGGCAGCAGGGUUUACUCGCUGCCGACCCACUUGCUGGAGCUCUACAGGGACCUGCGAAGAGAGCCUCACAUCCCUGAAGAAACAAAGGAGCUGAGAGAAGAAAUUGCAACGCUACAGAAUAAGCUUGACAUCCUUGUCAGGCAAAAACAAGCUGAUAAGCACUACCUCUCCAAAAAUAUCUUGACGUGUCAAGAUGCGUGACGUGUUCUGCGAGGUGGCUGGGUCGGUCACGGAGAUAGUAACGGCUUGGCAGGAGGAGACUUCCGCACAUCCAAGAACACAUCUUCACCACCCGAUCCAGGAUUCCACACGAAGAGUUUCAGUGUAGCGUCACUGUCCAUGGCAGUAGAGCUCUCUACUUAUGAUAUUGCAUUCACCUAGUCAAUUUUUAUUUUAAGUAUGGCAUAACUACUUCCGGGUUGAGGCAAUUAUGGUGUGCUCGAUGUGUUUUGGCAUGCAUUGUUGCAGCCAUCUUCAGGGUAUCUAUGGUCUCAACCCAUAAAACCAAAGACAAGGUGACUUUCACAACAUAACAAAUACACACUAUUAUAUUCUCAGUCUAAGAGACAAUAAUUUUUUCCCACAUAAAUAAGCUGAAAUAUAAGUAAAUAAUUCUGUAAAAUUAGGACUUCACUAUAUACAUUAUUAUUUUAUUUGUACAUACUGUAUUAAUAUAUAGUUUUUUUUGUAAAUUUUUUAAAUGUUAUAUAUUCGUUACAAAGAAUCUGUAGAAGGAAUAAAAUAAACUGCAGAAAGCACAGUCAUCAACUUUAUUACAUUCCAGGUUGGCUCAGAAAAACAACCCAGAAUAGUAACAAUUUCCUAUCCAUUAAAAAAAAAAUUUGAUAAUUUUAUUGUAAUAACUUUGAAGAUUAUUUUGCACAUUAAUAUUUUCACCAAAAUUAAUUAACAAAAAAGAAUGUUUCUUUUAUUUCCUCUACAAAAUAAAAGCGUUUUUUAAACAGAA